AUGCUACGAGUGGGGCCUAUGUGCCGUUAUGUUGAGGAUAUACCACGUCUCAUUGAGGUGAUGGGCGGUGAGAAGGUUCCUGAGCUACGACUCUCUGAUCCGGUGGACUUCAACAAAGCCCGUUUCUACUAUAUGGAAGGCAUUCAGAUUCCAACUAUUCAAUCACUUAGCUGCGAAAUGAAGUCUGCCUUACUCAAGGUACAAACAUCAAACUUAAAGUACAAGCUAGUUACAGAUGGUCUGGCAGUGAGCCACUUCGAAUCAAAAUUCAACGUAGAGGCGAUUCGAGUGGACCUGCCACUCGUCGCAAAAGCAGUUGAGAUUCUUCUCUCCAGUUUGGAUACAGAAGGGGAGCCAAGAAUCGGCGAUUAUCUCGUGAGCUUGGAGGGCAACAAGGGUCGGUUGAAUUGGAAAGUUGAAAUCCCGAAGUUCUUCAUGGGAAAAUCUGUUCACACACCAGGAGCGUUAUUUACUUGUAUGUUCGAUGACCUGGACAGGAUGUCGGCGGAGGAUAAAGCAGAGUUCCUACGACUUCGUGAUCGUCUAAUUCGGCAAGUCACUGAGCUUCUUGGAAACGAUGGAAUUCUUCUGUUCCCUUCGUGGCCGCAGACGGCACCUUUCCAUCAUCAAACUGUCUUGACGCCGUUCAACCUCGCCUAUACGGGUCUAUUCAACGCCCUCGCUCUUCCCGUAAUACAGUGCCCUACAGGAUUGGACAGCAACGGCCUCCCACUUGGAGUUCAGGUGGUUGGCUCACCAAACGCAGAUCGGCUUCUCGUCUGCACCGUACGUCACAGUUUGAAUCUAAUAAAUUUAUUGAAAACCCAUUGCCACCUCUUAUCAGUGUCUCACUCGAACGAGCUGUUUGUUAUGAUUACUGCUGUUUACCUCUGCCAUUCGCGAUGA